UAGAAGAAAGAGGUCGAUGUUGUUGGGAAAUAAGUGACGGCUCUCCAUGCAUCGACGUGUUCCUUCAUCAGCCAAAACUUAUUUGGCCUCCCAAAAUCUCAACGUCGGCAAGACGAGAACACUGAACACUUCAGGGGUAGUCGAUUGUCGAUGUCACAGGAAAGCGGCUACAGAUGUCUCUUCCAAGACCAAUGGACGCCAAAUCCAACGACAAUAAUUUGAAUUCGAUUUAUGAGCCCCCACGGCAGCUUGAGGUAGAGGCUGCAGCUAGCUCUUGCUCCUUGGGGGGGAAUACUAACGACGCUGUUGUUUCCUAUGCGCAUAGGAAGAGUAAAGUCGAAGAGAGCGACGAAGAUCUUUUCACGGUCCCAGAUGUGGAAGCUCGACCACCUGCUAUUCCUAAUGCUUCCACUACCAACUCUACUGCUUGCAACAAGAAUCCGGAGGUUCAACCCGAGAGACGGCGGAGGGGACGAAAUCCUGUUGACAAGGAGUACAGAAGGCUCAAGAGGUUGCUACGGAAUAGGGUCUCUGCUCAACAAGCCCGGGAAAGGAAGAAGGUUUAUGUGAAUGAGCUCGAAUCAAGAGCCAAAGAAUUGCAGGACAAGAACUCAAAAUUAGAGGAGAAAAUUUCGACUUUGAUUAAUGAAAACGCCAUGCUUCGAAAGGUCCUUAUGAAUACUAGGCCUAAAGGUGAUGAAAGUAUAGAGCCAAAGCGGGACCAAUUGGGCAAAAGCUAAGUGUCAUGGACAUGGCCGCCGCUCUCCUUACCAGGUUAACAAGGAACUAGGAUAAUUGCGUGUGGCUUAGUGCCUGUAAUAAUUAAUAACAUUUCUUUCGCCCAAGUUUCUGUUAGAGCUCUGCAAGACUUCAUUUAUGGGCUAUUUUUAGACAUGCGAAUUUAGCAAAACAUGUAUUUUUCUUUUUCUACAUAUUUAUUACAAUAUAAUAAUAAUAAUAAUAAUAAUAAUAAUAAUCUAAUGUAUUGCUGCA